UCCACCUCCAUCUUCUUCAACACUCUUUCUUCUAGGUGGAUGAUAUAGUAUUAGCACAUGUUAGAGCGGCAGGUUUUUAUGGUGUUCACAUAUUGGUGGCUACUGUCCCACUUGAUAGAGCGCUACUCACUGCUCUUCUUGAGCGUUGGAGGCAGGAGACACACACAUUUCACCUCCCAGUUGGUGAGGUGGUAGUGACCUUGGGAGAUGUGGCCGUAUUGACUGGGUUACAGGUCCAUGGGAGAGCAGUUACAGGUACUGCGUGUCGACCAUGGGUUGAGGAUGUUGAGCGCUUGUUGGGUGUUCGCCCACUUCUUAGGACAGAGAUUCAUGGGUCAUCUCUGAAGAUGUCAUGGUUUAGGGAGCAUUUCGUUGUUCUUCAUCCGAACGUUGAUGAGGUGAUCAUUCAGCAGCAUGCACGAGCAUACAUUUUCAUGCUUAUGGGAGCUUCCGUUUUUGCUGACAAGAGUGGAAAUGAGGUUCAGGUCCUACACUUGCCGAUCCUAGAGAGAUUUGAUGUAGCUGCACACUUCAAUUGGGGUAGUGCCACGUUGGCUUAUCUGUAUAGGCAGUUGUGUCGCGGUUGUCAGAAUGGGAGCACGGAGGUUGGGGGUUUUCUACUUCUAUUGCAGAUUUGGUCAUGGGAGUACAUACACAUUGGCCGUCCCAUUAUAGUACGAUACCAUGAGCUUGAUGGAGAACCACUUCAUCAUGAUCAGCCUCCACAUCUUCUUGGACCACAUCAUCGACGGGGCGAGAACCCAUUGGGGCGUCGGUAUGUUUUACUCGAUUAUAUUUAUGUUACUGUAAGUAUAAUAUAGUUGUAUUAAUUAUAAUUGUAUUAAUAUAUACUACAUGAAUGGUUAGAUGGGUAUUUGCUGACAUGUGUCACACAUCAUCAACUUCUGGUCUCGGUUUCUACAGGGAUGCAUUUGAUCGCAUGUCUGAGGAAGCCUACAGAGGAUUGGUCGCUCAGACAUGCCCGAUACGUGGCUAUAUGGGAUAGGCGAGCGGAGCUUGUUGUGACUGGGACACCGACAUUUGUCUCAUCUGUUUCUGCAGACUACAAGAUAUGGUAUUACAGCAUCACACGGGUGUUUGUAUCUCCAUCUUUCAGAUUCCCUACUCACCACUAUUAGCCCAGUUCCAUGCCUUUGCACUUGACGACAUGGGAUUUGCAGCAUAUACAUGAGCGAGCGACUGCCACAGUUAGUGAGACGCAUGACAUGGACACGUACCAUCAGGUUCUAACGGGCAUUGCUUCCUUGUGUUCGGAUAUGUUGGGGCGAGUGGACUAUAUAUGGACAUCUUCAAAAUAUGACCCCCUCUCAGGAUUCUACACCAUCGACAUCAAAAGCAACAACAGCUUCUACAUCUCAGACUCAGCGUGACAGAGUUGUUCUUCAGCCACGUCAGCGGCGUAGGCGUAUGCGUCAACAGCCACACCUCCAUGACCAGGAUGACCAAGAAGACCUUCAUAACUUGUAGUCUGUCUCCAUUAUUGGACUUAUUCAUGUAGUCCGAAUAUGUAGAUUUUUUUAAUUUGUGAAACACUUUACUUUAUGACGUAUGUCCACC